AUGCGCAGUGUCCUCUCUGUGCGCUCUACUGUUUGCAUUGUGUCUGAACUGCCGGCGAGCUUUAAAAAUAUUAUACCCACCGCGGCAAUGUCGGGCAGGUCAGUCCGAGCGGAGACCCGGAGCAGGGCAAAAGAUGACAUCAAGAGGGUUAUGGCCGCUAUUGAGAAAGUACGAAAAUGGGAGAAGAAAUGGGUGACUGUUGGAGACACAUCCCUUCGUAUCUACAAGUGGGUGCCAGUGACGGAGCCUAAAUCAGAUGAUAAGAACAAAAAUAAGAAGAAGGGCAAAGAUGAAAAAUAUGGCUCUGAGUUGACGACUCCAGAAAACAGCUCCUCUCCGGGGAUGAUGGACAUGCAUGAUGACAACAGCAACCAGAGCUCCAUCGCUGACUCAUCUCCAGUGAAACAGGAAAACAGUUGUAGCACCAGCCCUGCCCCAGAGCCCACCACCGUGUCCCACCGGGAGAACAGCGAGGCCAAGACUGACCAGAGCCCUGACAGCAAGAGGGGUAAGACCAUCCCUUCCUCAGAGACCUCAGAGAGAGCACAAAGUGCCAAGAGAGAAAGCCUGUCUUCAGGGGAGAAGGAGUCUUCAGACAGCAAAGCCACUCAGGACCUAGAGGAUGAGACCCCACCCAGCAAGAAAAGCAAACUGGAGUCCUCAUCUCAGGACUUUGAGGAGAGUUAAAUGUCUGGGGCUGAGUCAUUUCUCUCCUGCACCCUCCUUUCUCCUUCACCCCCUCUCUUUACCUCCCUCCAUUAACCCAAGCUAAUUUAGGGCUAAUGGACACACCGGCUCUCCCCCCUGCCCUCUUUUUUUCUCCCUCACCUCCCUCCACCCAAACUUGUCAAUACCAAAGGGAGAAUGGACGUCUCUCUUCACCGUCUCCCAACCUGACGGCUGUUCCCUUCAGAUUUGCCACCUUUGCCCUGACACUCCUCUGCCACAGAGGGAGAAUGGAUAUUACCUCUAUUCACUGGUCCCCUCCGUGCUUCCUUCCAGUUCUCCACACUUUUUCACUAAUGCCAAGAGAAGCUCUGAACCCAGGCUGCAGUCCCCCUCGGUGACCAGGGGCAGCGCUGUCGGCUCUGCUCAGCCCAGGCCAGGCCAGAAAGACAAAACACUGACCUGCAUCUGUGACUAAAAGAGUUAACACUGGGGAUUCGACGCUGAUGUCCACAUCAGUUUAGGAUUAGGACGAGGUUGAUCCUGGACGCUCCUCUGAGACCACUUUCAAUGUUUCACUGCAAACGGUUUAGCUCAGGAUACUCAAGAGGCUAACCUGGUCUCAGAUCUGCGUCUGCGGGGAACCUCGACCUAAGGCCACGUCACUUCAAUCCUCCUGAUUCGCCUCCUGUUAGACUAAUGUUCUAUAUUUGUUUAGGAAACGUUUAGGGUUUUUUUCUCAGGAGGGUCAAUGCACUGUUAUGGUAUGUCACAAUCGAUCACAGAUAGAUUUUGCUGCUGUAGUGGAUGUCUUUUUUCUCUAUCCAUGAAAAGUUCUCCAUUCACGUGUUUUUGAUAGUUUGUGGUUUAUAGAGGAAGAAGACGACAGUACUGGUCACCACACAUUCUUGGAUAAGUAGUGAAGACAGGCAUAGGUAGCGUAGGUCCUGAAGGUGUGCCUUGAGUUGCUAUGAUUAAAUACAUGUUUUAGGUCAAGCAGGUUUUGAAUUACAUUUUUGGUGCCAUGUUUUUUUGUUUUUUUUUUGGCCUUAUAAUAAUAAUCACUAAUUAGUUUCAUCCAAUAUUCAUAACUCAACUACGACAGGCUGAUUUAAUUUGCAAGAAUUAGACUGGAAUUAGAACACUACCCAGAAGCGACUUCUGGUCAUCUUUUAGCAUCUGGAAAACCUCGUAAGUCACAAUGAUUUCCACUUCCUUGUUACUGGUCUGUGUCUACUUCUGGUGGCACUUUGAUUUUUUACUACCCUCUAAAGUAGAAGCUGACCAGUUACUGGAACCAGUUUUCGUUUCUGGUCCGCCUUUAUGACCCACAUUCAGUCAUGUUUCAUUUCUCUAAGUGUUCUGUGUAUCACUACUUAUCUCUGACCUACAAAUGUUUCUGUAGCUCACAGUAGAAGGGUCCAGUCUUUUAGCUCAAACAUUGGGUAUAAUCCUCCUUCAAGGUGCUGUCCUAUUGGCUGAAUCCAUACAUGUGGCAUCAAGCUUUUGGUUUUGUGCAGAUCUGUCAUUGACAUCAGUGUGCAUUUUACUUGAACUUUAUAGUAGGGAUUCAGACGUAUGACCUCUAACCUCACACAUGUAUGAACUGAAAUCAAUUGAGUCACCACAAACCAAUGACUUCAUUUAACAGGGGCUAUAGAAGUACUUUAUGACACUGAAUUACUUGAUCAGAUUCUCAGCAAAUCAGCAUUCACAUGGAUGGAGAGAAAAGAAAUAAAAAAUGACAAUUGUCUCAGUUUAGAGGAUGGAUUAGCAUAUACCUCAUUCCCAGUCCAGCAGCGCUGGAACUUAAAAUGCUAUGUAUUGACAUUAACAGUUAUAAACAGCAUUAUAUACACUCAGUUUAAGAAAAUCUCACUUAUGUUGUAGCUUUCACCUGAUCGAGCCGAUUGCUUAUAGUUUGCUCAUAAAUGUGUGUUUAAAAAAAGAGCUGUGAGAUAUAAAAUCUUGUAUGUUGUUUUUCUUGGGACCAUUUUGUUUCACUUUAGAUCUUGUACAGAUUUAUGGUUUGGUUUGACUUAUUUAUUCCAUCAGUAGUGCUUGGUUUUUUCAUGUCCAAUGGUUUUGUUUUCUUAAUAAAAUUCACAAAAUAU